GGCAGUGAUCCCCCCCCCCCGCACCCCAGCCAAAGAGGGCUCCGGCCACUGCUGACUGGUUAUCCCCUCCCGUCUCAGCCCCACACCGGCCCCCGCCCCAGCUUCGGGGGUGAAGGAAGCGCGCCCGACCCAGGCGUGCCGGACCAUGAUCUGAGGGCGGGAGAGCUGAAAGUUGGGGGAGAUGAGCAACGCAGACUUCACAAAACCACCACUAGCACCAAAACCAAAGAUUAUCAGUCAUCUUUCUUCCGUGGCUGUCUCCAAAUUUCCUCCUUCAUUGUCAAGGCCUGAUAUUAUUCAUAAUCCAAACUCUAUGUCUAGGGGUCCAAAACCACCCAUUGCUCCCAAGCCAAAACUCUCAGCUGACACCGAGGGGAGAUCCAGUGUUUAUACCAACAAUAACUUAAAUAAAGUCACAAAUGGAAAACUGAUAUGUCCCGAUGGAGAGCUGUAUGAAGGAAAUCAGUGCAACAUUGAGUGCUCGGAAUCUGAGGCUGGUGAUGAAUACAUCGUAGUUCCUGAAGCUCAGCUGACUGAUAAAGACUGUGAUGACUUUGAACAUGCGCACGACCAGUGUUUAGAGUCAUCUGCAGAGAAUGAGGUCUUAGAAACUGCAGACGCAUCAGGGGAGGAAGAGGAUCAUAGCAUAGCUAAUGACGAGGAGAUCUGUAAUCCAGAAAUAACUGAAACCGAGGACAAUGAUUCUUCAGAUGCUGUGGAACCAGACUCAGCUGGAGCAACAGAAAUGAGAGACUGUGACAGGUCUGAAGCACUUAGUCAAGUGUCUUCAGGAGCCCUUGAAGUAGAAGAUGUUGCUCCUAAGAAUAUGGAUGAAGACGUGGACUGUGUAGAUGACCCCAAAAACUAUUUCAAAGGUGAGGCUGAGGAAACAUUUAAUAACCUCGAUCUGGUAAAGGACAAUAAUGAGUAUAACCUGGAAAACUGUAAGAUUUUGAAUGGAGAUGAGGAUUUGAAGGGCAAUAUCUGUGAAGACAUUAUUCUAACACAUUUACCUGUAGAUGAUGAGCCAACACCAGAAGAGAAUGAUGAACUGCCACAAACUUUAGAAGAUGAGUUAUCAAACAAUGACACAGAAGUGAGUCCACCAAACAAUGGUGACCUGGAUGAUAAUGCAGAGUUUGUAUUAAGUACAGAAACGGAAUUAGUAAAUUAUGGUUGUGCAAAUCCUGAUAUAAUUCCUGAUGAUGUUGAUGAAGAAGAAACAGACAUUGGGUUAGGACUGAAAGAAAAUGAACCUGAUGCAGAAGAGGAUUUGGGAGGUUCUUUCAGUGAAGCUGCUGCUGAAGAAGAAAAAGUAAGUCCAGAUAGUGACAAAGAAACAAAUGUGGAAAGGGAAGACUAUAUAGAUGAUGGGUACCAAACCAUUGAGAUGAAGAGUGAGGAGGAAACAUCAGAGACAACAUGUGAGGCUAGAGAAGACUCUGAAAAAGAGGAAGAAGUGGUGAAAGCAGAGAAUAUAGAUGAUAGUUGUCAAAUUGUUCCUUUUGAGAGUGAAUACAAUGAAGAUGUCACUGAAUCACCCCAAGAAAACUUAGAUGAGAAUUUGCAACUGGAAAGGACUUUUUUGAGUAAAGAUAGCCAGCUCUCCAGCCCUCAAACUGUUAGUGAGCCAGAGCUGGAAGUGGAAUCUAAACCAAAUGUGUUUGUUGAAGAUUGUGGUGACAAUGAAUGUGUCUUGGAAGAAUCUGAAUCAGAUGAGCAAGUUCUUGAAGGCAAUAAGGUCAGUCAUAGUAGUUUUGAAGAAAGUUCCCCAAAUCCACCUGAACAAGCAUCGGUUGAGGAUAAAUACCAUACAGCAGAAGAUUUAGCUAGAUGUAAUCAAAGCAAAUAUAAAGCAGACUGUGCUAGCGAACAUGAGUCUAGUGAGUAUUUAGCAGUCCCUGAAGUGGUUGUUGUACCUGAGGAAGGAGAAACAACCAGUGAUUCUCUAGAUGAUCCUUAUGUGAUGCCCUCAGAGAAUGCAACCCCUCAUGUUAGAGAAGUGGUGCCGACUGAAUUAGAAGAUAUUCCAUGUGAUUACAGCAUAAGAGAAGAACUAAUUGUAGACACUGAAAACAACCUGCUAUCCAUUGAUCGAAAAAGUAUAGUCACUAGAACAAGGUCACUCUCUGGGAAAGUGCCUGGCUAUGUGCCAGAAACUGUUCCAGAAGAAACUGGACCAGAAACGGAAGUACAGUCCUCAAAUGAUGACUCUCUGACUGAAUAUUUAACCAAUAACGUACCGCUAUUGGAAGGAAAACCAAUGGAAGUCAAUAGGGCCUUACCAGCCACGUCAAGACGCUUUAUUUUAUACCCACGGUCUUACUCGGUAGAAGGGAGAGAUAUACCAGUCUCUGUUUACAGAGAAACCGAUGGCUCUACAUUGGAUGACAAUAGAAUAAAGAGAACAGAAGACAACCUCUUUUUGCCCUGUGUAAUUGGUUCUUCAGGUAGCUUUUCACAGAGGAAUCACCUUUCAUCAAGUGGUGUGUCCACCCCAUCCUCAGUUGUUGAUAUACCACCUCCUUUUGAACUAGCCUGUAUCACCAAAAAGCCAAUCACUAAAAGUUCCCCCUCACUUUUAAUAGAGAACGAAUCUCCUGAUAAGUACACUAAGAAAAAGAAAUCAUCUUUUAAGAGGUUUCUCACCCUAAAAUUCAAGAAGAAGACAGAAAAUAAGGUCCAUGUAGAUGUUAAUGUUUCCUCUUCAAGGUCCUCUUCAGAGUCUAGCUAUCAUGGGACUUCUAGGAUUAUGGAACUGGAUAGAAGGAGCUUGAGUAGUUCACCUCAGCUAAAGUCCCAUACUGGGAAGCUGCGAGCUUCUGAGUCUCCCUCUACUGUUCUUUUCUACAAGGAUGGUAAAAGAAAAGGAAUACCCAAAACCUUUAGUAGGAGUGUGUCGAGAGUGGAGUCCUUUGAGGAUCGAUCCAGACCUCCUUUCAUGCCACUCCCCUUAACUAAACCUAGGUCUAUUUCAUUCCCUAAUGCUGAUACUUCUGACUAUGAGAACAUUCCAGCUGUGAGCUCUGAUUAUGAAAAUAUACAAAUUCCUCCUCGAAGACCAACCAGAGCAGGAACUUUUACAGAAUUUUUUGAAGAUCCCAGUAGGGCAUUAUCUGCUGCUAAUGAGAAUGACGGCUAUGUGGAUAUGAGCAGCUUCACAGCCUUUGAGAACAAGCAGCAAACCACAGACCAGGAAACAGAAAGUGCCUAUACCGAGCCUUACAAGGUGUGCCCUGUCUCUGUGGUACCCGUGGAGGACGUCACAUCAGAUGAGGAACAGAAGAGUUCAGAAGAUGAGGAGAGUAGCCAGGGGGAUCCCAGCCUCGUCCAUAAAAAAGAAGGACAGUCCAGAGCUUACCUCAUCGCCCAGGAGCUGGUGUCUUCGGAGAAAGUAUAUGUGGAGAUGCUCCGGCUGUUACAUGUGGAUUUCCAUGAAGCAGUCUUGAAAGUGCUGGGGGAUGAGGAUGAAAAUGAGAGGGAGGAGGUGAAGCUCAAGCAGGGCUUGAGUGAGAUCCCUGAAAUCUACAGACUACACCAGGAGAUACUGGGAGAGCUGGAGGAAAGAGUCCUCAAUUGGGAGGAACACCAGAAAGUGGCCGAUGUUUUUCUCUCAAGAGAAUCAAGGUUCAAUCACCACACAGCAUAUAUUAUGCAGUUUGAUAGGAAUUUGGCUUUGCUAGAUGAAACCUGCCUUAAAUCUUCCCAGCUGGCCACUGUCAUCCGGGAGUUUGAGCAGAAUCCUGGCGGCAGCCCCUUGAAUGUGAAACACCAGUUUUUGAAAGUGGUGCAGCGCAUAUUCCAGUACCGCGUGCUACUCACAGAUUACUUGAAUAACCUUUGUCCUGACUCUGCAGAGUAUGAAGACACACAAGCUGCCUUACUCAUUGUCUCUGCAAUUACGGACCGAGCCAACGACAGCAUGCAGCAAGGGGAAAACUUGCAGAAGCUGGUACACAUUGAGCACAGUGUCAGGGGGCAAAGCAACCUCCUCCAGCCAGGAAGGGAGUUUCUGAAAGAGGGAACACUGAUGAAAGUGUCUGGGAAAAACAAGCAUCCUCGGCAUUUGUUCUUGAUGAAUGAUAUUCUGCUGUACACGUAUCCCCAGAAGGAUGGCAAAUACCGACUGAAGAACACCUUGGCUGUGUCCGGCAUGAGGGUCAGCCGCCCAGUGACAGAAAAAGCCCAAAACGUCCUGAAGAUUGAAUACGCUGAACACUGCCUGACCCUGUCAGCAAGUUCAUGCUCUGAAAGGGACGAGUGGUAUAGCUGCAUCAGCAGAACCAUUCCAGAUGACUACAAAGCUCAAAAUGCAUCUACCUUUCACAACAGUAUUGAGCUAAGGGAAAGGCUGGGAAUAUCCUUGGGUGAGAGGCCUCCAACCUUGGUACCUGUGUCCCAUGUCAUGAUGUGCAUGAACUGCGGCUCUGAUUUUACCCUCACUCUGAGACGCCAUCAUUGCCAUGCAUGUGGGAAGAUUGUAUGUCGAAAUUGUUCAAGAAAUAAACAUCCCCUGACGUACCUCAAAGACCGACUAGCAAAAGUCUGUGACGGCUGCUACUCAGAACUGAGAAAAAGAGAGCGGCCAGUAAGUGUGAGCUUCCCUCCAACUUCAUCCAGGUUUUCAGGCAGUGCCUUCUCCUCCGUCUUCCACAAUAUUCACUACUCAUCCUUCAAGAAACAAAAGAAGAUCCCUUCUGCUCUUAUGGAGGUGGCAGCUUCAGGAGAGGGAUCAUCUAUCAGUGGCUAUCUCAGCAGGUGUAAGAGAGGCAAAAGGCACUGGAAGAAGCUCUGGUUUGUUAUCAAAGGCAAAGUCCUCUACACCUACACGGCAAGUGAGGAUAAGGUCGCCACAGAGAGUCUGCCUUUGCUGGGUUUCACAGUUGCCCCAGAAAAGGAAGAUGGAAGCACGGAUGCAGUUUUCCAUCUUUACCACAAGCAAACCUUGUUUUAUAGCUUCCGCACGGAGGAUAACAAUUCAGCACAGAGGUGGAUUGAAGCCAUGGAAGAAGCAACCAUAUUAUAGCAGUAAUCAAUCAAGAGGACUUGGAAUAAACUCUCAGAUUUCUCUACAUUCCCAUCAGCCCAUUUCUGUUUCAAGAAGCUGAGUAGUGUAUUUCAAACACUCUGGCUAUACACACACUGGAUAUGACUGUUUCCAGAUUGCUAUCUUUCUUUUGCUUCCUUCAUUUUAAAUCCACUUUUUUUGGCAAGUUGAAAACUUUAAAAUAGAGAAUAUUCAUAGUCCUCUUUGUCUGUGCGAGUUCAACCUGCGCUAUAACUCACUCCCAUAAUCCCACAGUAAAUUAAGUUUUAACAUCAAGACAAGAAGUAGAUACAAAUUAUUUCUGAACUCACAUGGAAGUACUGGCUGACUGUAAGUAACAGGCUCAGUUUUAUUUACCCUAGAGAACUAUCAACUUUCAUUUUGUUGGUUUUGGUGUCUAUCAUGAAAUAAGAAACAAUGCAGUAAACCAUAGAUUCUCAUUUAAAGCACUUUAUUGUUUUAUUGUAUUACAGCUUCAUUUUUUUCAGUGUUUCCAAGGAAUUUUGUGGACUGAUUUACCACCAGUCCAUUAACAAGUGCCAGCAUGAAGUCAUGCACUGCAUACAUUAAAUUGCUUCCACAGACAAUGAACAAAUACAUGCAAUGCACUACGUAUGGUCUGCCAGUACUCUAAUGGCUAGGAUCCAGGGUGAUUACUUACCAAUUUAUAAUUUUUCAUAAAUCACUGUAUAAUUUAUUUAAGUUUCAUUUCUUACCACUACAGUACUUUAAAAUGCACUGCGGUAGCUCUCCAAACCCACAUGCUGAAUACCGUUUUCCCCUGUAGAUUGUAUCUGACUGAAAUCCAAAGGAUAUUUUAAUUUAUUGUAAGCCUUAAGACAGUUUUCAUUUGACACCAGUCGACUUAUUAGUGUUAAUUAUUUAAAUAUUUGAUAGAAUCUUUUUAUUUUAAAAAGCCAUGUUGUUACUGCUUUGAUAACUUAUGAUAAAUGUCAUCAAAAAUUUAAUUCCUGUUACCAGCAUAUAGUAAUAGAUAUGCUGGCUGGCUGAAAAACACUUGUCCGAACAUGGUCUGUCAAAGUGCUUUGGAAUUCCUGUGGCUAAAUGCUACUGUGCAGAUCCCCAGGUGCUGUACAUCAACAUAGCUCCACUGAAGUCAAUGGAGCUAUGCUGAUUUACACCAGCUGAGGAUUUAGCCCUAUAGGUUAAGGGUUUUUUUUUUAAAUAUAAAGAGAAAAAAGCAAUGUUAUAAAUAUUGUAAUAAAAUGAUUUAAUGUCAUACACUUCUCCUAAUACUAGACUGAGGAAUAGAAUGGCAGUUAUGGUUAAAGUAGAUCUUUGUAUAAAAUACAACAAUCAAAGAUUUACUUACAUUAAAAUAUGUUUUCAGGGGAAAAUGUUUUUUAUUACUAGCAUUUUUUAUAUUUUUCUUCUGUAAUUUGCAUCAAAACCUGAAUUUCUGGUUCAAAUGGUGACUGGUUAGAAUUGUCCAUAUUUUUUAAAAGUUUACAAAAUGUAUUCAGGUGAAACUAAAUAGUCAGUUCCGUUCACCAUUUGAAAAAAUAAUUACAAGUUUAAAAAAUCAAAUAUGGACCUAAUCUAUCAGUGCAAUGCAGUGGUGUAGUUUUGUUGAUACAUCUCAGUCUCUGAUACUCUGUUGCAUAAAGCACAGUCAUAUGCAAAGAGGAAUUAAUUAUAAAAAGAAUAAAGCUUUUGUAUUAUCUUAUAAGUGGGUAAACUCCAAUGUUAACUCUGUACAUUUUGUGUUACAACUAUGGCCUUGCUUCCAUUAGACUGUAAAUGUUUUCUUUUGUUUUAAUUUUUUUCCCUUUAAAAAUCAUUUGUUGGAUUUGCACUGACAAAAACAAAGAAUGUUAAAUACAAAAUAUAACAAAUUUAAAUCACUAACCAAGGUUUCAAACAAAACUGUGCUACAAAUAACAGUAUUAUGAACAUUUAGGUGCUGACAUUUAGGCCCAGAUCCUCAAAAGAUAUUUAGGCACCUAACUCUCCCACUGAAAUCAAUGGAAAUUAGGCCCCUAACUACCUUAAACGAUCUGGGCCUUGGUGACUUGUAUGAAGUUUUCAGUAACUGACAGGAAAUGAAUACAUGAAAAUAUUUUGUUGUAAAAAAAAUACAGUGCUAUUAAACUUCUUGUUUUAAGUAAUGUGGAAAAAUUAAAAAGCAACAUACAAUUCCA